AUGUCUGGUGAAGAAGUUUGCAUUAUUGUCAUUCCAAAUGAUCUACCUACUGAAGAGAAUGGUCACGAGGGAAACACUACUAAUAAUGUACAACACACAGAAGAAUAUCCAUGUCCUGAAUGUGAACAAUCCUUAGCCAGUCGGUUACGUUAUCAUACGAUUCCGAAAAAAUCCAGGAAAUCCAUGUUUCGGUUCCGACGAGAUCCGACGUGGGAUCCGAUCGGAUCCGAGACCGUCGGAAUCCAAUGCGAUUCCGUCACCAGGAUUGCAUCGGAUCCGUCGAAUUCCUGUAGGAUCCGCUACCAAGCACCUGGUAAAAAAGAUUCAAUUACAAUUAAAGAAAAUGGUGAAAAGAAAAAAUUACAAAAACGUUACCUAUUAUAUUCAUUAAAUGAAAUUUAUCAAUUAUUUAUAGAAGAAAAUCCGCAAAUUGCUAUUGGUUGUUCAAGUUUCAAAAGUUUACGACCGUGCAAUGUUUUAUAUAAAUCAGAAACACCACACAAUCUUUGUUUAUGUAUUCAUCAUGAAAAUAUAUGCCUUCUUUUACAGGCAAUUAAUGAACGUGUCCAUGGUCUCAAAUCAAUUGAUUUGCAUUCAUUUGUUAAAUUAUUAGUAUGCGAUGAUACCAAAGAAUUAUGUAUGUUCAAGGAUUGUAGUCGAUGUUCUGAUAAUUUCAAAAUAAAAAUUCAAGAUCAAAUUAUUGACCCAUCUGCAAUUAUUAAAUGGUCUUUAUGGUCAACAACAAAAGAAAAUCGAACCGUUAAAGUUGAUUAUGAUGGAACUGUUCAAAACUGUGUCAAUGUUUUACAAACGAAAAUUAAUCCUUUUUUAUUUCAUGUCUUUAUUAAACGACAACAAUCGAACUUUUUUGAAAUGUUCAAAAAAAAAUGUUACCGAUGA